CCAACGUCGCUGAGACUCUGGCUGGAGAGCGAGGGCUCAGAGCCGGGAAGGAUGAGGCGCCCGCGGCGGCCCGGGUGUCCCGGGGGCUCCGGAGGCUCCGGGGGCCUCCGGCUGCUGGUCUGCCUGCUGUUGCUGAGCGGCCGCCCUGGGGUUUGCAGCGCCGUCAGUGCCCACGGCUGUCUGUUUGACCGCAGACUCUGUUCACAUCUGGAAGUCUGUAUUCAGGAUGGCUUGUUUGGACAGUGCCAGGCGGGGGUGGGGCAGGCACGGCCCCUCUUACAAGUCACUUCCCCAGUUCUCCAGCGCUUGCAAGGCGUGCUCCGGCAACUCAUGUCCCAAGGCUUGUCCUGGCAUGAUGACCUCACCCAGCAUGUGAUCUCCCAGGAGAUGGAACGCAUCCCCAGGCUUCGUCCCCCAGAGCCCCAUCCAAGGGACAGGUCUGGUUUGGUGCCCAGGAGACUAGGCCCUGCAGGGGAAUUGCUUUCUCAGGGCAGUCCCACUGGCUCCUCUCCUGCUCCCCAGGGGCUCUCUCGGCCUCCAGGGGGUGGGAAUGGAGCUGGGGUGGGCUCCCCACUGUCCUCUCUGCAGGCUGAGUUGUUGCCGCCUCUCUUGGAGCAUCUGCUAAUGCCCCCACAGCCUCCACACCCUGCUCUGACGUAUGAACCUGCACUGCUACAGCCUUAUCUGUUCCACCAGUUUGGCUCCCGAGAUGGCUCCCGGGGCUCAGAGAGCUCCUCUGGGGUAGUUGGUGCUGGCCACCUGCCCAAGGCAGAAAGUCCUGCAGUCUUCAGCAGAAGUAUCUCCAAGGCCAUUUUGGGGACUCACUCUGGACACUCCUAUGGGGACCUUACAGGUCCCUCACCUGCUCAGCUUUUCCAGGAUUCAGGGCUGCUCUACAUGGCCCAAGAGCUGCCAGUGCCUGGCAGGGCCCGGGUGCCAAGGUUGCCAGAGGAAGGGGGCAGUAGCCGGGCAGAGGACUCUUCAGAGGGCCAUGAGGAGGAAGUACUAGGGGGUCAUGGGGAGAAGUCCCCUCCCCAAGCAGCACAACCAGAUGUAAGUCUGCAGAGAUUGGCUGCGGUACUAGCAGGCUACGGAGUAGAGCUGCGUCAGCUGACCCCGGAGCAGCUUUCUACCCUCUUGACCCUGCUGCAGUUGCUGCCCAGGGGCACAGGAAGAAAUCUUGGUGGAGCUAUAAAUGUCGCAGGAGCUGAUGUCAAGAAAACAAUAGAAGAACAAACACAGAGGAGAGACACAGCAGAGGCUCGGCCCCCCAUACCCUUGCUUCCUGGACACCCCACCUCCAGCCCCACCUCCAGCGAAGUUCAGCAGGUGCUGAGCCCUGGUUUCCCUGAACCUCCCCAGACAUCCAGUCCUCUGGGCACCUCAUCUGUCCUACUGGAGAAGAAAAGUCCCUUGGGCCAGAGCCAGCCCACAGUGGUGGGACAGCCGUCAGCUCGACCAUCAGCUGAGGAGUAUGGCUAUAUAGUCACUGACCAGAAACCCCUGAGUCUGGCAAACGGAGUGACGCUGCUGGAGAUCCUGGCUGAGCAUGCGCACAUGUCCUCGGGCAGCUUCAUCAACAUCAGUGUGGUGGGACCAGCUGUCACCUUCCGAAUCCGGCACAAUGAGCAGAACCUGUCUUUGGCAGAUGUGACCCAACAAGCUGGGCUGGUGAAGUCUGAACUGGAAGCGCAAACAGGGCUCCAGAUUUUGCAGACAGGGGUGGGACAGAGGGAGGAAGCAGCUGCAGUCCUUCCCCGACAAGCCCAUGGCAUAUCUCCCAUGCGCUCAGUGCUGCUUACUGUGGUGGCCCUGGCAGGUGUCGCUGGGCUGCUAGUGGCUUUGGCAGUGGCCCUGUGUAUGCGCCAUCAUUCCAGACAGCGGGAUAAGGAGCGCCUGGCAGCGCUGGGGCCGGAGGGUGCCCACGGUGACACUACUUUUGAGUACCAGGACCUGUGUCGCCAGCACAUGGCCACAAAGUCCCUGUUUAACCGGGCAGAGGGUCAGCCAGAGCCUUCUAGGGUGAGCAGUGUCUCCUCCCAGUUCAGUGACGCGGCCCAGGCCAGCCCCAGUUCCCACAGCAGCACACCAUCCUGGUGCGAGGAGCCUGCCCAGGCCAACAUGGACAUCUCCACAGGACACAUGAUUCUGGUCAGGAAAGGGCCCAAGCCUAAAGUGGGGAGGGAACAGGAUAGCAGGAGAGGCAGGACGGGCAGUGUGGCCCAGAGCCAGGCUGUGGUGCCCCUACAGGCAUACAUGGAAGAUCACCUUCGGAACCGGGACCGGUUGGCCAAGGAGUGGCAGGCCCUGUGUGCCUACCAAGCAGAGCCAAACACCUGUGCCACCGCACAGGGUGAGGGCAACAUCAAGAAGAACCGCCAUCCUGACUUCCUACCCUAUGACCAUGCCCGAAUCAAGCUGAAAGUGGAGAGCAGCCCUUCUCGGAGUGAUUACAUCAACGCCAGCCCCAUUAUCGAGCAUGACCCUCGGAUGCCGGCCUACAUAGCCACACAGGGACCGCUGUCCCAUACCAUCGCAGACUUCUGGCAGAUGGUAUGGGAGAGUGGCUGCACUGUCAUCGUUAUGCUGACCCCAUUGGUGGAGGAUGGUGUCAAACAGUGUGACCGCUACUGGCCGGAUGAAGGAUCCUCUCUCUACCACGUCUAUGAGGUGAACCUGGUGUCGGAGCACAUCUGGUGCGAGGACUUCCUGGUGCGGAGCUUCUACCUUAAGAACGUGCAGACCCAGGAGACUCGCACGCUGACUCAGUUCCACUUCCUCAGCUGGCCGGCAGAGGGCACUCCUGCCUCCACCCGGCCGCUGCUGGACUUCCGCAGGAAAGUGAACAAGUGCUACAGAGGCCGCUCCUGCCCCAUCAUAGUGCACUGCAGUGAUGGUGCAGGGAGGACAGGCACCUAUAUCCUUAUUGACAUGGUCCUGAAUCGCAUGGCGAAAGGAGUGAAGGAGAUUGAUAUCGCUGCCACCCUGGAGCAUGUCCGUGACCAGCGGCCUGGCCUUGUCCGUUCUAAGGACCAGUUUGAGUUUGCGCUGACGGCCGUGGCGGAGGAGGUGAAUGCCAUCCUUAAGGCCCUGCCCCAGUGAGCCCCCUGGGCACCUCAGUGGGCAUCCUGGCCUCUGCUCCUUCUGCCUGUGUGAGCAUUUGUGCACCCACUCUUCAGCCCCUACCCAUCUGCCACCUUGGUCCGACUUGGGCAUGGUAGCCCUUCUCAACCCAGUGUGGAAGGGAGUCAGGAGGGAAGGGGUAGGUCCACCCUGCUUUAUCCAUGCUAGAACCAAGGUAUCCCAUGGGAAACAGACAGCAGGCAAGGGGAGGAGUGGACACCAGCAGCAAGUGUGCCCGAGCCCCAUCCUACCUGAGUCUCUGUCUCCCUCUCUGGAUGUGUACCUCCCCACUCCCACCAGCCUAUUGUGUAUAGACAAAGCAGAAUGAGAAGGCCCCAGCUCCCUCCACCCUGCUACCACUGGCCUGCCACCUUGACCCUGCUUAACCUUCUCCCUCUAGCACAAGGGAACAUUUCUAGAAAAAUCUACUUUUGUAUCAAUGUGAAUAAAGUUAGUGUGUUGUCUGUGCAGCUGCAACAUGGA